UUUUUUUUUGUGUACAACACCUACAUUAGAAUGGGUACAUGUAUGAGUUCUCAUCUUUGUCCAUGGAUGUAGAUAAACCUUGUCUUUGUUUUGAUGAUGAUGAUGAUGAUGAUGAUGAUGAUGGAAUGAAUGAUAGGGGUGAGCUUUGCAGAAAGAUAGGCUUUACCACAUGGCUUCCUGUCAGGACGCCACGUCAGCAUUAUCUCGUGCGUGGAAACAUAAGGCCCAAACUCAGCGGACAAAAACUCCAAACUCGCUAUCCUCAAGAACCACUCAAAAGCCUCGACACUCUUGUCUCUCGCUCCACGCAGAACAAAACCGACCGUUGGAUCUUCCAUCGCAUAAGCUUCCAACCACAGAAUCCUGGUGGUCUUCCUGUUAGGGUGCACCGCGUCACACCUUAUGACUCUCACCAAAAAAACCGAAACUUAAAGAAGGGACCAAUGCUUCGGAAGAGGUUUGCUCUGUCGAGGCUGCUUAGCACUCUGCGGAGAAUGGCGAAACCGAUGGCCAUCGAAGUGUAUAAUCCAAAUGGAAAGUACAGAAUCAUCAGCACGAAACCGAUGCCUGGAACCCGCUGGAUCAACCUCCUGACCGACCAUGACUGUCGCCUCGAGAUAUGCCAUCAGAAGAAGACGAUUCUGUCAGUUGAAGACAUCAUUUCCCUGAUCGGAAACAGGUGUGAUGGAGUCAUCGGACAGUUGACGGAAGAUUGGGGAGAGACGCUGUUUGCGGCGCUGAGGAAAGCGGGAGGGAAGGCUUUCAGUAACAUGGCCGUCGGUUACAACAACGUCGAUGUUGAUGCUGCCACCAAAUACGGCAUUGCCGUCGGUAACACUCCGGGAGUGCUGACUGAGACCACGGCCGAGCUGGCGGCUUCGCUCUCUCUGGCUGCAUCCCGAAGAAUCGUUGAGGCUGAUGGCUUCAUGAGGGCUGGUCUCUACGACGGCUGGCUUCCCCAUCUGUUCGUGGGGAACUUGCUUAAAGGACAGACCGUUGGCGUCAUCGGAGCUGGCCGUAUCGGAUCUGCUUAUGCCAGAAUGAUGGUGGAAGGGUUCAAAAUGAAUUUGAUAUACUACGAUCUUUAUCAAGCCACUCGUCUAGAGAAGUUUGUGACCGCUUACGGAGAAUUCUUGAAAGCAAACGGAGAACAACCUGUGACGUGGAAAAGAGCUUCAUCCAUGGAAGAGGUUCUAAGCGCGGCCGAUGUCAUAAGUCUGCAUCCGGUGCUGGACAAAACCACAUUCCAUCUUGUCAACAAGGAGAGUCUCUCUUUGAUGAAAAAGGAAGCAAUCCUUGUGAACUGCAGCAGAGGGCCAGUGAUCGACGAAGCAGCCCUGGUCGAGCACCUUAAACAAAACCCGAUGUUCCGGGUUGGCCUUGACGUGUUUGAGGAGGAGCCAUACAUGAAACCAGGGCUGGCAGAGAUGAAGAAUGCCAUCGUCGUUCCUCACAUUGCUUCUGCAUCUAAGUGGACUCGGGAAGGAAUGGCUACGCUCGCGGCUCUCAACGUCCUCGGAGGGGUGAAAGGGUAUCCGAUAUGGGGAGAUCCCAACAGGGUGGAUCCCUUCUUGAACGAAGACGCUACGCCUCCUUCAGCCUGCCCCAGCAUCGUCAACUCUAAAGCCUUGGGAUUGCCCGUCUCUAAGCUCUGAUCCACUCCUUAUCAUGGAUCGUGAUCAUGAUGAUACGGAACAUGUUGCCAUCAUCAUCUUCAUAUUUAUACUUCACUUGUGUUUUCGGUCUUUGACCAUUGUCAGCAAUUUCAAAUGGAGGCAUACAUUAUACUACAUUUUCGCAUAUACGUA